AGUUCAUUACUUAUUCCCCAACUCACUUCACCGUUCUGGCUUGGGUCCUGAACAAAGAAGGCAUUGUUGGGUGAAGCCAGGCUGGGUUUGCUUCUGCAGACGGUGACUUCCAUCGGGAGUGUUUUUUAAGGUUUGUGUUGUCUUGUUUUUGGCUUUGGAAAGGUCGCCUCCCCCUUUCAAACGAGUUCGAAGGCCAGGUUUCCUCAGGCUCGUUCCUGGAGAUGGAGAAAUACGAGAAAAUUGGAAAAAUUGGGGAAGGAUCCUACGGAGUGGUUUUCAAAUGCCGAAACCGAGACACCGGCCAGAUAGUGGCUAUAAAAAGGUUUAUGGAGUCAGAAGAUGACCCUGUCAUAAAGAAAAUUGCCCUUCGAGAGAUCCGUAUGCUCAAGCAACUCAAGCAUCCAAACCUGGUCAACCUUCUUGAAGUCUUCAGGAGAAAACGGAAACUUCACUUGGUGUUCGAGUACUGUGACCACACGGUUCUCCAUGAGCUGGACAGGUUCCAAAGAGGAGUCCCGGAGCAGCUAGUGAAGAGCAUAACCUGGCAAACCCUCCAGGCUGUCAACUUCUGCCAUAAACACAGCUGCAUACACAGAGAUGUGAAGCCUGAAAACAUCCUCAUCACAAAGCACUUGGUCAUUAAGCUUUGUGACUUCGGAUUUGCUCGGCUUCUGACCGGCCCCAGUGACUACUACACAGACUACGUGGCCACCCGCUGGUAUCGCUCCCCCGAGCUGCUGGUGGGGGACACUCAGUACGGCCCGCCCGUGGACGUCUGGGCAGUCGGCUGCGUCUUCGCGGAACUGCUGUCGGGGUCCCCUUUAUGGCCGGGGAAAUCGGAUGUGGACCAGCUGUACCUGAUCAGGAAAACCCUGGGAGACCUCAUUCCCAGGCACCAGCAAGCGUUUAGCACGAACCAGUUCUUCAGCGGGGUGAGGAUUCCAGACCCAGAGAAUAUGGAGCCCCUGGAAUCGAAAUUCCCAAACAUUUCAUCUCCUGCCCUGGGGCUGAUGAAGGGCUGCCUCCACAUGGACCCUGCCGCGCGACUGACGUGUGAGCAGCUGCUGCAGCUCCCGUACUUCAACAGCCUCCGGGACCCGGAAGACCUGGCCAGGGACCAGGAGAGACCCUCCCGGAGACCCCCGAGGCCGAGUCGGAAGCACCUUCCGGCGUACCUGCCUCAGCUGACCAGUAGUAGUGUCUUGCCCACACCGGAGAACAAGAAAUACUACUGCAACACAAGGAAGCUUAACUAUCACUUUCCCAACAUUUAAGAAGCUGGUGGAUCUCCGGUUAAAGAGGGACGUAACUAUAAACUAUUGACUUCUACAUCCUGCCAAGUGGAAGAUACGUAGCAAGCUGGGAACAUGAAGUCAGUUGGCAAGAAAUGCCAGGUCCAGAGAAGCCUGCGUUCUAAGCACAAAGGGAAGUCUAAUGUUUGGGGGUUUCGUUAUGAUUUGCUCUGACUGUAGAAAUCUGAAGAGUUUCUAAGCAACACUGCUUAGGCAGGAAAUACAAUGAUUUCUGCUCUUUGGUCUUGGCGGCAAGAUCUGGUACACAUCAGAUGUUCAGCCAGUUCCAAAGUCUGUUUCCAAGUGGAUGUGCUUGGCUCUGAUGCCCCGACUCCCCUCUCUUCCCAUACUGUAUAUUUCAUUGUCACAGUGGAAGGUUUCUCAUCACUUUUCAGUGUCUUUUAAAAUCUCUUUCCUGUUGCUGUGGUUCUGCCCUUUACCCUGGUCUUCUGGGAAUUUAAGCUUUUCUUUCACUUUGCCGUCUUGGCAGGGCUAAAGACAGCUCACUUUUGCUUUAAGUGCUGUACAGAAUAUUCUCAAAUUUGCUUCAGAACUCGUGGAGAGGAUGGGUAGAGGAGGAGGAGGAGGAAGAGGACGUCUUGCCCUUCUCCAUUACAGUGUUUUGUCCUGAUCUUGUUUCUUCUUUCUCUCUAAGGUGCUGACUUAGCAUUGAAAUGGGACACUACAGUAGUCUGUUAUAUCAAUCAGGGUCAAUACAAAGUAAUGCUUCAUGGCUCUGUGGGCAGGGAAUGUGUCUGUUAUACCCUCCCAAGCGCUUAGGACAGUGCUUUGCACACAGUAAGCACUCAGUAAAUACGAUCGAUUGACAUAACCUUAUAAUCAAAGCUUCAGGGGAAAGAUCCUUGAGUUCACAUUCAAAAGGUAUUUCCCCUCUACAAUAAGUAGCACUGUGAAAGGUUAGUACAGUGCUCUGCACACAGUAAGCGCUCAAUAAAUACGAUUGAUGAUGAUGAUGAUGAAAGGUCAGGGGAGCUCAGCACAAUUCAUGAUCAGUCUUACAAGAUUCUGUUCAAAACAAAACAAUUACAGAAUUCCUUACUGCAGAGGAGAUUCUUCCAGAGGGAUAUUCAUGGGUAUUUAAAGAAUAUGAAUGGCAAUUCUACACUGAUGUGAUCAUCAUUAGACUAAAUUCUUUGAACAGUGGGGAAGCUGAUAUCGGACAAUGAGCCUCAAAGUUGAGGGUCUGCAACAGGAUUGAUAUCAGGAAACAAGAAUGAGAUUGAUGUGUAAAAACCGGUUCUCCACAUUGCAUGCUAGGAGUCAGGCGAUGCAGUGGGUUCUGGAAAACCAGGGGUCAGAGACAUAAUUCAGGAACUUGGACACUCCAAGACUUACGUGCAGUGGGUCCCAAGAAUGGUGAUGACUGAGCUUAAAGACAGCAAAAAUUCACUUGGGUGGGAUACUGAACCAAAUAUGAGGAAUCCCAUUGUACGAUAUCGCAGGCAUUAAGACAUGGGUUCACCAUUUUGAUCCCUAAAUGAAAUGAUAGUGGCAUGGCAGCGUUGAAGGGCACAAGCAAAUAACUGCAGUCUUCUACAGAUAAAGUGAUGGCAGCUCUCUGGCGGGGCGGGGGAGAGUUGGUCAGGGAUUUUUUGACAAGGGGUGCUAUUAUUAAUGUGGAGGGAGACAUCAAGAUUAAGGAACUGAGAAGCUGCACCUAAAGAGCUCAUCCUGACCAAAGCUUGAAUGAGGUGCCUCCUGCAUUAUAACCCCUCUCUCAAACCAUCGCUUAUCACUCAGCUUCUGCACUUUUGGAUUAACAUCGCUUUGACUUGCUAAAUGGUGGCUCAAACAGGCAAUAUUUGGAGGGUCAUCAUUCUGUGAACAAGAAGGCUUUGAUUGUCUAUCAAGUUGACAGUUUUAUAGCAGUGUACAAUACCUACUUCACUGGAGUUGAUAAAAAGGGAGCAGAAAAAUAGCUUCCCAUUUUCCAUGAAUGUGUGUAUAUUCCGUAAGCUUUUCAUCUGAAUGAUAUUCAAUACGAGGCACUGUUUUUGCAUCAUCCCUUCUGUAUGAGCAUGCAAGGAUGGGUUACUGUAAUAAUUAUGGUAUUUUUUUAAGCAUUUACUGUAUGCCAAAUAUUGGGUAAAUAAACGCUAUGAGGUCAGCCAUAUUUAUAAAGUCCGAACUGUGUGCAAAGCACUCAACUAAAUGCUUGGGAGAGUGCAGUAUGGCAGUUGGUAGACAUUUUCCAUGCUGGCUACAGUCCUUGGGUCAGAUGGGGUUCACUUUCAUAUCCCCAUUUUACAGAUGAGGGAACUGGGGCACAAAGAGGUUAAGCGAAUAGACCGUAUUACCUCAUGAAAUGAAUUUUCAUUUCUAUUGACAAAAUGCAAAUUAAAAAAUAAAAGUUAAUAGCUCAGAUAAUCCAGAUAAUCUAAUUAAUCUAGCAGAUGAUUUGCUAUCUUUGACACUGUUUCCUAAAAGGAAAUGGGCUCAGCUAUGUUAUUCACACUUAGUUUGUCCUCUUUUUUUUUGCAGAAAUAAAAAUGCUUACUUUAAUCUAUUUAGAAAAUAUUUCUCUUCCACAGGAUCAAUAAAUACAAUGCACUUAGUUGGUAACAUCUGCAAGGAAAUUAUCGGGUAGUGAAUGUAAAGGCAGUAUCAACCUGCUGAGUAGCAAAAGGAAACAAUAAUUCAGGAUAUCUGUUUUAGCAGUGGUCUUUCUUAUGUAUACUGUCUCUCUAGAGUCUUGAAAAGGAGGUAAUAGUUAGUGUUAGCACCUGAGAGCCCCAAAGAAAGUAAAAGCUGUGGUCAGUGGAAAUCUACUCAAAAUGGAAACGUGGAGCCCCAACUCUUUUGCAGCAAAGUUGUGGGUUCCCGAGAGCAAAGUUGUGGGUUCCUAGAAAUGACAAACCUCUCCUAGAUUGAGCUAUCACAGAACAGACAAGGAAGUAAGUAGAUCAAGUGAAACACAAGUGUCUGACAGGAUCAAUACGCUUAUUUACUAAUUUACAGUACAUCAGACCGUAAGCUUAUUGUGGGCAGGAGACGUGUCUACCAACUCUGUAUUGUACCCCCCCAAGUGCUUAGCACAGUGCUCUGUCCACAAUAAGUGCUCAAAAAAUACUACUGAUGAAGAUUUACUGAAAGUGCAUAUUGGCUUAACACAGACAAAUAUCUGUCAAGUAUAUUAUAACUUGGUAUUGGGGCUAGGGAAUAAGGCAUUUUCCAGAGAAGUCAAUGGUUGGUUUUUCUUUACUUAUAUUAGCUGUUGUCUGCAAUGCUAGAACUUAUGAACCCAAGACACCGGUAUUUCUUAAACGAGCAAAACAACCAAUAAAAAGAAACAGGCUGGCACUAUAAAUGGAAAAGGAGUUGAAAAUAAAUCCAAGACAUUUCCUGAUGUGCUACAAAAGAAAUGCUACAGAUCUUAUCAUGUACGUGCCUAUCCACUGACAUACAUGCAAUAAAGCAUGUCUUC